AUGCUCCGGGCCCUCCAGCCGCGGUCGUGGACCUGCUCCAGGUGUCUUCUGCGUAUAACAGCCGGUAUUUCUCGCUGCUACUCGGUGGCUGUACCAGAGCGCACCAAACUCGACCCGGCUAUAGCAGGCCUAUCUGGAGCUAAUAGACACGAUGAUACCAACCUACGGCUUGUCUUUGACUCGAAUUCGUUCUGGCGCGAGUUUUCCCAGCGGCAAUUGGCCUCCUCGAGGCGUACAGGCUUACUGCAGAACCAGUAUCUCACGAACCCAGAAGGCUUCCGCAAAUUCGCCCAUAUCUCGCUUCAUAAAUGCCAGAAGAUCGUUGGCAAGGUGCUAGCAGCCUCAACUCUGGAGGAUUUCAGGAGGAUGGCUAAGGAUCUCGACCGAUUGAGUGACUUGCUCUGUCGAGUGAUAGAUAUGGCCGAGUUUAUGAAGACAAACCAUCCUGAUCCCGCAAUACAAGAGGCUGCUACGGAGGCAUUUGCGUUUAUAUUCGAGUACAUGAAUAUUCUCAACACGACUCCCGGUCUCCAUGAGCAGUUGAAGCGGGCCAUCGAGAACCCCGAGGUUACCUCCCACUGGAGCGAGGAGGAAAAUGUUGCAGCCACUGCGUUUCUACGAGACUUUGCAAAGUCCGCCAUUCAUCUACCUCCUGAGGAUAGACACCGGUUUGUGACUCUGUCAAAUGAAAUCAGCCAGCUUGGCCCUGCCUUUGUCAGAAACAUGAAUCCAGAGACGUCUCAGCUCAGCUUUAAUAAAAACCAGCUUCAGGGAAUGGACCCGGAUCUUCUUCGGAAGCUGAAACGCUGGUCAAAAGUGACUAUUCCAAUGUAUGGAUCUACUCCAAAGGCUGCGUUAAGUACGGUUGAGGAUGCGGAGGUCAGGCGACAGAUACAUCUUGCCUAUCGAACUUCUUCCCGAGAGCAGAUCGGACGGCUGGAGACGUUACUUCAGCGGAGAGCUGAGCUGGCGAAACUAUCUGGAUACCAGAGCUAUGCACAUAUGACUUUGAGUGAUAAAAUGGCCAGAACUCCGGAGGCUGUGGUCAACUUCCUCUCUUCGUUAAAUGCAAGCAACCGUGGUCAGCUAGAUGAUGAAUUGUCCAAACUAAUUGCGCUCAAGCAAAUCGAAUCCCCACUGGCAUCUAACCUCCAGCCCUGGGAUUACUCUUAUUAUAUUGAAAAAUAUUAUGUCAAACACGGCCGGGAGAGGAGGUCGCGGAGUGCUGAUUUGCUUCCUUCGUUCUUCUCUCUAGGGACAGUGAUGCAGGGACUUUCUCGUCUUUUCACCCGCCUAUACGGUGUCAGGUUUGUUCCGAGCGAAACCUUACCAGGGGAGACGUGGAAUCCAGACGUCCGUAGGCUGGAUGUGUGGGAUGAAGAUGACAACCACAUCGCCGUCGUAUACUGCGAUCUCUUUUCACGCCCUGGGAAAAGCCCUAACCCGGCUCACUUCACCUUACGAAGCUCGAGGGAGAUUUCUCCAACAGAGAUAGCAGAAUGUGCUUCGCUACCCGACUCACCACACCCCAAUGAUGGGAUGACUACAGGUUUGAAGCCGGGUACGAACCGCCUCUAUCAACUACCGACUAUUGCUCUCAUAUGCGACUUUGAUACACCAACCUCUAGUACUCCUUCUGCGCAACCAUCUCUCCUCUCGGAACAUAGCGUCAGAACCCUUUUUCACGAAAUGGGGCACGCUAUCCAUUCCGUGCUUGGCCGCACAGAUCUCCAAUCGAUUUCAGGAACCCGUUGCGUCACCGACUUCGCGGAGCUGCCCUCCGUGCUGAUGGAAAGCUUUGCCAUGGACCCACAGGUUCUGCGCCUAUACGCUCGGCACUGGUCAACCGACGACCCACUGCCCGAAGACAUGGUUCAAAAUAUUCAUCUAAACCGUCAAAACCGUGAUAGCAUACAUGGCGGCAUGGAUAAUGAAACGCAGAUCAUCAUGGCGUUGAUGGACCAGGCCUACCACACCAUCUCUGCCGGAUGCCACAUUGACAGCACUGCUAUCCUUCAUGCCGUAUCCUCCAACCACAGCAGCAUACCCGAUCCAGCGGACUCUAAAACUGCAUGGCAAGGUUAUUUUACUCAUUUGUUUGGUUAUGGCGCAACUUAUUAUAGUUACCUAUUCGACCGGGCAAUAGCCAAUAAGAUUUGGUCUGAUGUGUUUGGGGGUGGCGAUCUUUCUGUCGAUAGGAACGCUGGCGAGAGGUUCAAAAAUGAGGUACUUAGAUGGGGUGGAGGCCGUGAUGGUUGGAGCUGUGUUGCUGGCGUUCUCGGGACAAGCAAUCCUGCCAAUUCUAAUGGAAGACUAUCUGAGGGUGGCGAAGAGGCUAUGCGAGAAGUUGGCCGUUGGGGUCUUGGCAAGACAGGAAGUUCAGAGCCAUGAAUGAGGAAUCGUGGUUAGAUAUCUCUACACCCUGCUUGGAGUUGCAUUUAUCUUUGGGACAAUUAUACGCACAUAUAUACCCCCUUUUCCCCGCGAGGAGGAGUUCAUGACUAAUAUAUACACAGGCUAGACAUUUCACUGCAUUUAUUGAAGGAGCAUUUAGAUGGAUACACAAUAAAAACUGGUUAUACGUUAGACAAUCGCCUUUCCUUCCCCGGAGCUUCUAUUCCUUCCUUCGUGACCUUGUUUUCUAUAUUGUCACACAUAGAACCUUAGGCGUCCAUAAAGCGCAUUACAUGCUAAUUCCUAGGUUAUAUCCUUCACACGCAAGCAGGUGUCCCCUCUAUGUCAGUUCGGUACCAAUCUGGCUAUCCAACGCCCUUUUACUAUAUGAUGAUGGGACUCCGCAAAUGCUGUCAACUUUCACCACAGGGCCUAGACUCCUGGGAGCCUAGUAAGGCAUCAUCCCUGGUUUCAAGGGAUCCCUCAUGUUCAUCGUCAGCCUAAUUGUCUGAGUAACUGGCGUUUCAGCCCGAACAUUGAACACAGCAUCACAGAUUCAAAAUGUUACAUGUCCCAACGCAUCUGAAGCUGCCCACCCAUACAUCGUAUGACACGCACUACCUUUGUGUUGGAACAGGCAAAUAGAUUACAGGGGCGGAAGGAGGGAUCAUAAAAUAUCCCGCAUAAGUUCACCCAGCCUAAUGGGGCGAGUUAUGCUAUUCCCACGAGUUAAAAUUUGGAGAAUGAUCCGAUGUCCGGUCACUCCACUAUAGCCGUCGGCGGUGUGUACUGGGUAC